AUGUCUUCAUUCACCUUCUUAUUGCUCUGCUCUGUGGCCUGCUUUAUUCAGACCACAUGCGGCCAGUAUUUAGGCGCCUCACCCGGUUUAGGAUAUGCGCCCGCUCUAGCAGUUGAAGCAGAGGUCCCCUGUGGUCCUGGACUAGCCGCAGAAGUAGCUUACGGUCCAGGCUUGGCCCCCGGUCUUCUCGGCCCAGGACCUUACGGAUACGGACUUGCAGGACCGGCUGCAUUUGCAGGUCCGGUGCCAUACGGUCCGGCCGCUGCAUACGGCAUGGGCCCUGCUUACGGCGGCGCCGGCGUAGGUGAUGUGGCCGUCGCCGGGGAGAUGCCGGUCGCAGGCACAACUCUAGUGGCAGGGCAGGUGCCUAUCCUUGGCGCUGUGCAGUUCGCUGGUGAUGUGCCCGCUGGUGGUGUUGUUACUAUAGCCGGAAGAUGCGGCUGCGGCUGUGGAGGACCUUACAUGUAUUAA